AGCAAACUUGUAAGACGCCACGUCGGCAUCAAAGAUAAACUGAUAAGAGCGACGAAGUAGAAAGUGAGAGCUCCAAGUCGAAAGGAUCAACAAUGGCGCCAACCUCUGUACCAUUGAAAUGGUUGCCAAUGACAGCGUUUGUCAGGGGAAGAGUCAGGAGCGAACAGCAAAUCAGUACCGUCGAACAAGUUCAGCUUCCGGAGAAGACCCGCAAUUCCAGCGUCUUGGUCCUGGGAGGAACCGGUCGGGUGGGAGGAUCCACCGCCAUUGCUCUCUCUAGUUUCUGUCCCAAUCUUCGAGUCAUCGUCGCCGGCCGAAAUAGACAAAAAGGUGCAACUGUGGUGAAAAAACUUGGGGGUAAUUCGAGUUUUGCUCAAGUUGACAUCGACAACAUGAAAUCACUAGAAACUGCUCUGGAAGAUGUGGAUGUUGUAGUUCAUGCUGCUGGACCAUUCCAACAGACUAAAAAAUGUAGUGUACUUGAGGCAGCCAUAAAGACUAAGACAGCAUACGUUGAUGUUUGUGAUGACACAAGCUAUGCAUUUCGUGCAAAAUCCUUACAGAGUAAGGCAGUAGCUGCAAAUGUUCCAGCUAUAACGACUGGAGGAAUAUACCCUGGAGUGAGCAAUGUCAUGGCGGCAGAGCUUGUUCAUGCUGCAGAAAGUGAAACCAAAGAUAAGCCAGAGAGGCUAAGGUUCAACUACUACACAGCGGGAAGUGGUGGAGCAGGUCCAACCAUAUUGGCUACUAGUUUCUUACUAUUGGGAGAAGAAGUGGUUGCAUAUAGCAAAGGAGAAAAGGUGAAACUAAAGCCUUACAGUGGAAUGCUCAAUGUCGACUUUGGGAAAGGGAUUGGCAAAAGAGAUGUUUAUCUAUUGAAUUUGCCAGAGGUUAGAAGUGCUCAUGAGAUCUUGGGUGUGCCGACUGUAAGUGCUCGAUUUGGAACUGCACCAUUUUUUUGGAAUUGGGGAAUGGAAGCUAUGACAAGACUCCUUCCUGACUUGGAUAUGAGGAUUUAUAAUUUAUAUUUUACGGUAGUGACAAUUGCAGUUUGUGUGCUUUGCAGAUCUGUAGGAAUUUCAACUGCUGCGUUUGUGCUUGCAAUUCUUGAAGGAAGCACACAGCCUGGCAUUUGGUUUCCUGAAGAGCCUGAAGGUAUUGCAAUUGAGGCUAGAGAAAUUCUUCUCAAACGUGCCUCGCAAGGAACAUUUAACUUUGUGAUGAACAAGCCUCCAUGGAUGGUAGAAACAAAUCCGAAGGAGCUUGGGUUAGGAAUAUAUUUAUGACAUUUUUCCACUUUUUUGGCAAAAGAGAAGUAAAUCUCUUCCAGUUCACCACGAAAGAAGAGGAAUGCAUUGUCAUACCUUUCUAUGGAAUUACAGGAUUGGGAGUGUAAGGUACGCUUGAUGGUUUAAUUGAUUUUGUUGAUAGCAAGGUGCUACAACUUUCUUAUGUAAUCAUUUUCAUCCCUAAGGGCUUUGUGACUAGGUUACCACUUCCGUUUUAAGGUUUACUUUCACAUUGAGGAUGUCAGUAUAUCAAGAAUCGUUAUCCAUUUUGAUUUAUUUUUGUUUACUUUGACAUUAUUUUUCCUUUUUGGUUGUUCAGUUGGUCCUGGAUUUCUUUCGUGUAACAAGUACCUUUCUCCUGAAGGAAGUUCAAUGGAAUACGAACAAAAUGCUCCUAUCCCAAGAAUUAAUAUUUGAA